AGAAAGGUAAUCCUAUUAGGUGCUGUCGAAUUGUACUAGAUUACGAAACAAAAUGCGAUAUAUUGUUCAACCCUUUGUGUUUUGUUCCACAUUUCAGUAGACGAACGGAAGAGUGUUACAGAUUUUAACUUCGUGAUAACGAUUAUCGUUGUGACAUGUCAAAAACUAGUUGUGGGAGCUUGUGCACUAAUUAAUUUAAUAUUGAUUUCACUUUUCAGCAAGUAUGGGGAAGUUAAAAGCUUUCGAGAUAAUUUUUGACGGUAAUAAAGCCGUCUUUUACCCUGGACAAGAAGUCAGUGGUAAAUGUGUUGUAGACUUGAGAGGAGAUAUGAAAAUGAAGUCCCUUCGCGUGUUUAUGCGAGGUGUAGCAAAGGUGCACUGGACAGAAUCUCGAAGUACCGGAAAUCGACUUGGAGCAUACACUGAACAUUAUAACGCUGAAAUAGAAUAUUUCUUUAAAAAACAAGUUUUGUUCGGCGGAGAUACUGGAGAAGGACGCGAGGUACUAGCUGAAGGUCAUCAUGAAUUUCCAUUUUCCUUCCAACUUCCAUCUGGGGGUAUUUCCACAUCAUUUGAAGGUAAAUAUGGCAGCAUACGUUAUUGGUUAAAGGCAGAGGUGGAGAAACCGUGGACAUUCAAUCAUAAAACUAAAAAGGCUUUUACGGUGAUUAGUCCUAUCGACAUAAAUAGGACAGAAUAUAUGAUGGCAGUUGAGAACAGCAUAGAAAAAACGUUAUGUUGUUGGUGUUGUACUUCAGGGCCCAUAUCAUUGUAUGCACACACAGACAGAAAAGGUUAUUGUCCAGGGGAAUCAAUAGCUAUCACUGCUGACUUUGAAAAUCUUUCCUCAAGAACCAUCAUUCCUCAUGCAACCCUUCACCAAACCCAGACAUUCAUAGCUGGUGGGAAGUCUCGCUCUCGCAUAUCAAAGUUUACCAUUGUCACAGGACCAGCUAUUCAGCCAGGAAGAACGGCAAAUUGGGAUGCCCAGCUGCUGAAAAUUCCAGCUGUUUCACCCUCCAUCAUCAACAGCUGUCUAAUAAGAGUAGAUUAUGCUGUUAGGCUGACGUUACAGAUACCAGGUGCAUACAACUUAUCAGUGGACUUACCUGUGGUAAUUGGAACAGUUCCCUUACGCACUCGACCAUCAAAUUACAGGGCACUUUCUUCCAACGUAGAAGACCUUUCUAGACUUAAUGAAUCAAGGUUGGAAUUUUACCCACCUGCCCCACCUUACAGUGAGCUGGAUCUGUCCUCGCUUCCCGAUGAACCACCCCCCACUUAUGCUGAAUGUGUAGAAGGAUCAGUUGACAUAACAGAUGAUGAUGAUGAUGGGGACAUUAUUGGAGAUACCCGCUUCACACCAAUGUAUGCCUAUGUUCACGAUUACCAGUACCAGCCUCCUCCUGCAUAUUCUGAGGUGGACCCUCAUCCAGCUCCAGGAGGAGGACAAGGAUGAAUAACGUAUUGGUAAACUAUGGGUGUUUUGGACCAGCUGGAUUGUAAACUUGUCAUUAGGCAGUAUUGUGUUAAAAAA